AACGUUCGAGCACGUUUGGAAACUGAACGUGGCCCUGUUUACAAUCCCCUGUCCUCACUAAAAUAAUCCUCCCAUUCUAUUGGCUGGCGGUGUUGUCAAUCACUCCACUGGUACCGUUAGUUUAAUUGUGGCCCUGCAAAGACAACGCCAUCACACUCAUCAGCUACAGCGAGGGAGUGGGGUAGCACGAAGAAAGCGCUGGAUUUCUACAAGCUAUUUGGCCAUUAUUUUCACAAAAACUAUAAGCGUCUGUCUCAUCUACAACUACAAUGGAAUACAUUCGUCCGGUUAAUUAAACGCCUUCGAAUCGGGCCUCUGUUUUUUGUUUUUUUUGCGCUGCACAAAGCCAUGUGGAGUAAAUAAAUAUCCUGAUACGCUGAAACCAGAGGGCUUGUCGACUUGGAUUACAGAGUUGGACCGCUGAGUCAUUGUGGCAUUUACUGCAUUCGCACGUCCAUUUUGCGGAGCCAGCGGGCGGUAGUCAGUCAGUGACGAUGACGGAAGAAGGGUCUGGGCCACGGCCAUGCUCUAUGGAAUAUAGAUGAUGGGCUGUGUGCAAUGCAAGGAUAAAGAAGCAACCAAACUCACGGACGACCGAGACACCAGCAUCUCCCAGAGUGCCGCGGGCUACCGCUAUGGAGCCGACCCCACGCCACAGCACCAGCACUACCCUAGCUUCGGGGUCACCGCCAUCCCAAACUUCAACAACUUCCAAGCACCCGUUGGCCAGGGGAUAACUGUUUUUGGAGGGGUCCACACCUCCUCCCACACAGGGACACUCCGCUCCCGUGGCGGAACAGGAGUCACCCUCUUUGUGGCACUUUACGACUACGAGGCCCGGACAGAGGACGACCUCAGCUUCAGGAAAGGGGAGAAGUUUCAGAUUAUCAACAGCACUGAAGGGGACUGGUGGGAUGCUCGUUCCCUCACCACCGGUGGAAAUGGCUACAUUCCCAGUAAUUACGUGGCUCCAGUGGACUCCAUCCAGGCUGAGGACUGGUACUUUGGGAAACUGGGCCGGAAGGAUGCAGAGAGGCAACUUCUGUUCACUGGCAAUCCCCGCGGCACGUAUCUCAUCAGGGAGAGUGAAACCACUAAAGGUGCCUUCUCCCUGUCCAUACGAGACUGGGAUGACGUAAAGGGGGACCACGUGAAGCAUUAUAAGAUCCGUAAGCUGGACAGCGGCGGUUACUACAUCACCACCAGGGCUCAGUUUGAGACCCUACAGCAGCUGGUACAGCACUACUCAGAGCGGGCCGCGGGGCUGUGCUGUCGCUUGGUGGUGCCCUGCCACAAAGGGAUGCCCCGCCUCACCGACCUGUCCGUCAAAACCAAAGACGUUUGGGAGAUCCCGCGGGAGUCACUGCAGCUCAUCAAGCGUCUGGGGAAUGGGCAGUUUGGGGAGGUCUGGAUGGGAACGUGGAACGGCACCACUAAGGUGGCGGUGAAGACGCUGAAGCCGGGCACCAUGUCUCCCGAGUCCUUCCUGGAAGAAGCCCAGAUCAUGAAGAAGCUCCGGCAUGACAAGCUGGUGCAGCUCUACGCUGUGGUGUCUGAGGAACCCAUCUACAUCGUCACUGAGUACAUGGGCAAAGGAAGCCUCCUGGAUUUCCUGAAGGAUGGGGAGGGACGAGGACUGAAACUGCCCAAUCUGGUUGACAUGGCAGCCCAGGUGGCAGCAGGCAUGGCAUACAUCGAGAGGAUGAACUACAUCCAUAGAGACCUGCGCUCGGCUAACAUCCUGGUCGGGGACAACCUGGUGUGUAAGAUUGCCGACUUCGGACUGGCCAGGCUGAUUGAGGACAACGAGUACACAGCACGGCAAGGUGCUAAGUUCCCGAUUAAGUGGACAGCCCCGGAGGCUGCGCUGUAUGGAAAGUUCACCAUCAAGUCAGACGUGUGGUCGUUUGGCAUCCUGCUCACUGAGCUGGUCACCAAGGGACGUGUACCCUACCCAGGGAUGAACAACCGGGAGGUGCUGGAGCAGGUGGAGCGAGGCUACAGGAUGCCCUGUCCCCAGGACUGCCCCAUCUCCCUUCACGAGCUCAUGGUGCAGUGCUGGAAGAAGGACGCCGAGGAGAGGCCCACCUUCGAGUACCUGCAGGCCUUCCUGGAGGACUACUUCACGGCCACGGAGCCGCAGUACCAGCCAGGGGACAACCUCUAAACGCUGGGCUCUGGGCUGGGGACUGGACUGAACCGUGGCUCUCUGGAGCCACACCAGGGACCCGUGCAUCUUCCUCAGCUCAACAGAGCAUCUUGUCUCAACUCUCCUCCAGCUCCCAACACUCUCAAACACUCUCCGUGGGAAACCCCGAGACAGACUCAACCGACUGGAUACCAGAGAUACCAGUUAGGAGAGAGGGAGGGAGGUUUGUGGGUGGUUUGGGCUAGUUAUGAUGUAAUGAAAUGCCUGUAUUCAAUGUAAAUAGGAACAGCUCCUCUGCCUAACUUUUGGUUUAUGUUUUGGCGGUUUGUUUGCUUCUGUUAUGGCAUUUUGACUGAUUUUCUCCAUGAUGAUGAUGAUGGUGGUGAUAAAGAAAAUGGUCAAUGAAGAUGAUAUUUUCAAAAGGGCACCAUGAGACCAUGAUAUCUUGUCACUUCUAAUCCAGAAUAUACAGGAUAUGUCUGUCAAAGCUAAUUUUUUUUUUAUUAUUAUUUUGGGGGCAAUUUAAUGAACACCUCCAUAAAUUAUUUAUUUCAUUUUUGCGGUUUUGCUCAUGUAUAAAAAUAAAUAAGAAAACCAG